UCGUAGAAUGCCGAAAAUAUCAAUUGUCAUUCAUUUAUUUGUAUUUUAUUGAUCGAAGUUAAAAAUUAACAAGAAAAAUUUAAAUUGUAAUAAAAUAAAUAAAAAUGAAUCUUCAGAAAAUUGUGAGGAAUGGACAGAUCUUAAAAGGCUUAACUAACAUUGGUAAAAGAAAUUUUUCAACAUCGUUUAUUCGCAGAGGAACGUUUAAAGUUCAAGAUGAAGAAGAUUUUUCCAAAAAAGUCGAAGAAAGUAAAGAGCCGGUGAUUGUCGACUUCUUUGCAACAUGGUGUGGUCCCUGUAAAGCAUUGGAGCCAAGAUUAGAAAAUAUUGUUGCAAAACGUAAAGGCCAAAUAAAUGUUGCAAAAGUAGAUAUUGAUUCAUUAGGAGAGCUUGCAGCUAAAUAUGAGGUUAGUACAAUUCCUGCAUUGGUUGCCUUUCGUAAUGGAAAAGUUGAAGAAAGGUUGGUUGGUUUGCAAGAUGAAGAUAAAUUAAAUAAUUGGGUAGAUAAAAUUCUUAACAGAAAGUAAAGAUGAAUAUUAUAAAAAUAGCAAAACAGAAAACUGUUGUAAAUAUGUAAAAUAACCUAAUAAAAAACAAAUUAACAUGA